GAGGGUCGCGAGCGGUCUCUGUCGCGACAGGGUCGCGAGCGGGGCCAUGUCGGACACGUGGAGCUCGAUCCAGGCGCACAAGAAGCAGCUGGACUCGCUCCGGGAGCGGCUGCAGCGCCGCCGCAAGCACGACCCGCUGGGCGCCGCCGACCCCCGCCAUGACCUGUCCCUGGCCACGCCCCCCCGCACUGGCAGCCCCGCCCCGUCGGGCCCCACCCCGCCAGGCCCCGCCCAAGGGGGCGUGUCCUCGCUCGGCGCCGCCCCUGGCGCUGCCCCCUCCCCUCCCGGGGGUCCCGAGGGGGUCCCGGGGGAGCCGGAGCCGGACCCGGCGCUGGAGCGGCGCCUGCUGCUGCACCUGUCCGACCUGGCCACGCCCCUGCCCACCGACGCCGCCGCCAUCCGCAGCGCCAUCGCCGGGGGCGACGCGCAGGUGACGCUGCAGGCGGUGGAGAGCCUGCUGCACAAGUUCGCGGCGCAGGAGCUGAUCGAGGUGCGCCGGGGGCUGCUGCACGACGGCCCCGCCCUCGUCACCCUCGCCGACCACUCCAAGCUGGCUGCGAUGGCCGCGGGCGUGGCCGGCGGCGGGGCGGCGGCGUGGGGCGGAGCCGGGGGCGGGGCGGGGGGCGUGGCCGGGGAGGGGAAGGAGGCCAAGCGGUGCCGGCGGGCGGCGGCAGCAUCGGACGUGGACCUGGAGAUCGAGAGCCUGCUGAGCCAGCAGUCCACCAAGGAGCAGCAGAGCAAGAAGGUGAGCCAGGAGAUCCUGGAGCUGCUCAACACCACCACGGCCAAGGAGCAGUCCAUCGUGGAGAAGUUCCGCUCGCGCGGCCGCGCCCAGGUGCAGGAGUUCUGCGACCACGGCACCAAGGAGGAGUGCGUCAAGGCCUCGGGCGGAGAGCGGCCCUGCCGCCGCCUCCACUUCCGGCGCAUCAUCAACAAGCACACGGACGAGUCGCUGGGCGACUGCUCCUUCCUCAACACCUGCUUCCACAUGGACACCUGCAAGUACGUGCACUACGAGAUCGACACCUGCGCGGCCACACCCCCCCGCAGCCCCGCCCACCCGCGGCCACGCCCCCGCUCCCCGCCCCCGGCCACGCCCCGCGGGGCCCCGCCCGACGCGGGCGCCGAUCGCCUCUUCCCGCCCCAGGUAAGAAAAUAAAAUUUAAAAAAUUUUAAAUUAUUUUUUGGGUUUUUUUUUUUUUUUGGGGGUUGUUCGGGUGGGUUUGGUCGAGUUUUUGGGGUUGUUUUUUUAAUUAAACUAAUUAAUAACGGGGUAAUUAAUUGCCAAGCGGGGUUAAUUGUUUAAUAGGAUGUGUGUUGCUUUUUGUUAUUUAUGUAUUUUAUUUUUUAUUAUUAUAUAAAAACUGUAAU